ACUACAAUGACUAUGGACCAUACCACCGACUAUCAAAACAAGAAGUGUGAAUCUCCACGCAACACUUUAUCCGAAUUCGGAGCAGCAGCCGCCGCGGAUGCCGUUAAACCCUAACUCCCAACCUCUUCUUUGUCACACUAUUUCUAGGGUUUUACAUGCACCAACAGGAGCCCCUUCCGUCACUUCGCCUCCAACAACAGCAGCGCCGCCGCCGCCGCCGCCGCCACUUAAUCGCCGGGAUCGUCGCCGGAGGAAAGCGCCAUGGAUCGGUACCAGCGGGUGGAGAAGCCGCCGCCCGAGCCCGCCGCCAUCGGCGAGAAUGAGGUCCGCAUCACCACUCAGGGCCUCGUCCGCAACUACGUCACCUACGCCACCUCCCUCGUCCAGGAAAAACAGGUGAAGGAAAUUGUGUUGAAGGCUAUGGGACAGGCUAUAAGCAAGGCAGUGGCUAUUGCUGAGAUCAUAAAGAAGAGGAUUCCUGGUUUGCAUCAAGAUACAAUAAUCAGUUCUGUCAGUAUUACUGAUGUAUGGGAGCCCAUUGAGGAAGGACUUGUACCAUUGGAGAUGACUCGUCAUGUUUCAAUGAUAUCGAUUUCCUUGUCACCUAAGGAGCAUAACAAGAAUUCACCUGGGUAUCAAGCUCCUCUACAUUCGGAUCUUAAGCCACAAAGAUAUCAGCAACCUCAGCAAUAUCAACAGUACCAGCCAAGACAACAUCAAGUUCAAACGGAUUCAUAUGGACGCGGCCGAGGCAGAAGCAGGGGCCGAGGAAGGGGCUGGGGUACUAGGGGUGGGUACGGCGGAGGCUAUGGUGGAUAUGAAUAUGAUAACAACCAAGUAGGUUAUGGUGGGUAUGAACACCACGGUGGAUAUGGACAUCAAGGUGGAUAUGGAAACCAGGGAGGAUAUGGCCACAACCAAGGUGGCUAUGGCCACGACCAAGGUGGCUAUGGCGGUUAUGGUUACAACCAAGGUGGAUAUGGAGGAUAUGAAAAUGGAGGCUGGAACUACAACCGGAACAGAGGCGGUGGCGGCCGAGGACGAGGCAAUUGGGGCUAUGGUGAUUGUUGUAAGAUUCGAAAACCUCUCGUUGCCAAACGGGGUCUAAAAGAAGUUUGUGAGGUUGUUCUUGUUGUGAGGUGAACUCCUUAAAAAGCAAGUUGUGGCACUACUAUACAGGUCCUGGAUAUGACCGUGGUGGCAGAGGCGCAGGUGGCCCUGGCGGCAGGGGCUAUGUUCGAGGCCGUGGACGAAUGGGUGGCGGCCGUGGACGGGGCAACCAAAACUACUAUUAGAGCAAGGGCAUUUUCCACGGCCGUAUUGCUGUAUGUUUCCUCUAGUCCUCCCAGAUUUUAGUAUAAUCGCCAAUGGUGCCUGUACCAUUGCAUCAAUUCCGUGGGAUUUUGACAUUAGUCCUUCAGUUUUCCCUGGGACAUCUUUCCUGUAUUUAAGAGUGCAUUUUUGAUAGUUCAUCAGCAUCCAGUUACGCGUUUC